CCAUCCAUCUGCUUCGUUUCGUCCGUUCUCCGCCAUCCGGCCAUCCUCUCCCACCCGGCCACCCCGCGAGGGAGGCCGCAAGCGAACAAACAAGAGGCGCCGUGCAGCGCAGCCCUGCCACAUCAAGCCCGGAAAAAGGAGGCGCCGCGCGAGUGCAAACAAACCAAGGAGGAGAAGAUUCUCAUCUCACUUCGCCGCUUCGGUGGGUGAGGGCGACCUCCCAUCAACAGCAACACCACCCCACCCCACGCCACCCCCGGCCGGCGAGAUCAGUGUCGCGCACGCGCCGCGCCCCGCACGUUAUAAUCCCCAGCACCCCACUCGGCCUCGGUUCGCUCGCUCGGCGUCAGCACCGUUUCGUCUCGUUUCCCCAUCACCCCAAACCCCCAGAGCGUCAUGGCGCGGCGUGCCGCGAGCGCGAGGGUUUGAGCGAGGUUUCAGCCGAGCGUUUAUCUGGCCUGCGGAUCGUUCGAUCGGUCGAUCGGGGGCGAGCGAAAGCGAUGGGGUGCAAGGGGUCCAAGCUGGACGAGCAGGAGGCGGUGGCGCUGUGCCGGGGCCGCGCCGACCUGCUCGCGGCCGCCGCGCGCCACCGCUACGCGCUCGCCGACUCCCACGACGCGCUCGCGGAAUCCCUCGCGUCCGCCGCCGCCGCGCUCCACCUCCUCAUGACGGCGCCCCAGCCGCGGCUCGCGCUCCCCGCAGCGCGCAAGGGCGCGGACGCGCCGCCGCCGCCGCCCACGGCCGCCGCCUCGCCGCCGCACUCCUCGUCGCACAUCAACUUCGCGCCCUCCUCCGACUCUGAGUCCGGCUCCGUGUCCUCCUCGCCUCCCCGCCGCCUCGCCGGCCACGACCCGCUCCACCCGCACCCGCUCCCGUACCCGCAUUACGGGUACGCCGGCUACGGCUACGCGCCGGAGCCCACGUACGGUGGGUACCCGCCGCCGGGGUCGCUGCGGCUCUACUACGCGAGGAGCCGCCCGCCCCCGGCCUCCGUCGCCGUCGAGCAGCGCGCGGUGGCGUCGGAGCGCGUGUACUACGGCUCCUUCGAGCCGCCGGCGGCCGGUGGGUACCCGCAGUACCACUCGUACGGCGGCGAACCCGCGGCGCCGGCGGCUGGCAGGGCCCCCCCGCCGCCGCCGUCGCCGCCGAGGUCGAGCUCGUGGGACUUCUUCAACGUGUUCGGCGACUACGACGUCUACGAUAACUACUGCUACGAUGCUGGCGGCAUGGGGGCCGCGGCGGCGGCGUCGGCGUACACGCCGAGCCGGAGCUCGCGGGAGGUGCGGGAGGAGGAGGGCAUCCCGGAGCUCGAGGAGGACGACGCCGUCGUCAAGCAGGUGGCGGGCGAGCACUCCGCGCCCGGGAGCGGCGCACGCAGCCGGCGCAGCUCGCUCGGCGGCGUCAGCAGCAGCAUUGCCGAGGUCGACGAAGAGGAGAAUUCUGUCGUCGAUAAGGAGGUGAUUGGCGGGGGCAGCGUGGCGCGACACCAGGCGCCGCCGCAGCGUAACGUUGCGGCAUCUGCGCCGACUCCUCGGAGGACCGUUGACAGUUCAGACGUUGCCGGCGAGAUCAAAGCGCAGUUUGUUCGAGCUGCAGAUGCUGUCAGGGCGCUUUCACCGAUUCUUGAGGUCGGUAGGCGGAGGUACAAUCACCGGAGCUCAGUGUACCAUGUUUCAUCUCGUAUGGUGUCAGCGAUUGCCUUGCCGCAUUCGGACAUUGGAGGCGUCGGGCUCUUGGAUGUUGGAGGUGAGAAGGUGUCGGGUGGAAGGAGCCUGUCUUUGACACUGCAGAAGCUCUAUAUCUGGGAGAAGAAAUUGUAUGAUGAGGUUAAGGCUGAAGAGAAAAUGCGUCUGCUGCUUGCGAAGAAUGCAAAGCGGCUUAAGUUCAUGGAUCAGAAAGGUGCUGAAGCUCAGAAGAUCGACACGACCCGAAAUAUGGUCAGAAAACUAUCAACAAAAAUAAGAAUAUCUGUAAGAGUGAUUGCUAAAGUUUCCAAAAAGAUAAACAGAGUAAGGGAUGAGGAAUUGUGGCCACAAAUUAAUGCCUUAAUCCAAGGGUUUGUGAGAAUGUGGCGAGACAAGUUGGACUGCUACCAGAUACAGUGUCAAGUGAUGUCAGAGGCGAAAAACCUGGAUUCAGUUGUCCCCGACGGAAGCAGUCGAGAUUUGGCAUUGGAGCUUGAACUAGAGUUGAUGAAAUGGAUUGUCAAUUUUUCCUCCUGGGUGAAUGAACAGAGAAGCUUUAUAAAGGCGCUGAAUGGAUGGCUAUCACUUUGCCUUAACUACAAGGCUGAAGAGACAGUCGAUGGAGUUCCUCCUUAUUCGCCUGGAAGAGUGGGUGCUCCCCUUGUGUUUGUCAUCUGCAACAGCUGGUCUCAAGCCAUGGAUCGGUUUUCUGAGAAGGAAGUCAUUAUCUCAAUACAAGCUCUUGUGUCCAGUGUGCGCAAGCUGUCAGAGAAACAAAAUGUUGAACAAACAGAGCAGAUCAUUGCUACCCGGGAAAGAGAAAGAUGGAACAAGAUAUUGGAAAGGAAGACUGUGGAGAUCAACAAGGAGGCAGAUGUGCUGAACAAGAAGCUGGCCCUGGUACCAGGCCGGCACAGCCGGCUUCCAAGCGCACAAACAUACCAUGACCAUCUUCUUGACGCAAGCAGUUUGCAGACUAGCUUGCAGCGUGUUGUCCAAGCCCUAGAAAGCUUCGCCUCCAGCUCACUGCAAGCAUUCGAGCAGACCCUAAGACAUGCUGAAGAGGAAAGAUUGUCCAGAGAGAAUGCCAAAGUUUCAUAGCUUAGCAGCCUGAUGUUGCAUCUGACAGUGAAUGCCCUCAUCGAGUGGCAUUGAUGCAGAAUAUGCUGGGCGAAUGUUGCUCACGGAGAUUUUUUUGGUGGUGAAAUCCUGACUUCUGAGUUCACUAACAGAACCGAGGCUCGUCCAUGUAGUUUGGGUAAGAGUCUUAUCGUCGGUAUAACAUAGCAGCAGGUUCGUAUAGGUAAAAUGCCCGUUUUGGUGGUUGUAUGCUUACCGGUGCACUGAGUUUGUUGAUUUCCCUUCUUGCCCGAUGCCGGUAUAGUUGAAUCCUUUUGAGUGAGCAAUGUGGAAUGGGGAAGAGAACAAUAUGUUCAUGAAA